AAUAAAGCGAAUACAAUUAUUUUUUUUAAUAACACUAUAUUAAUAAUAAUUGUGCCACCGCUAACAUCUUCCGGGUCGACACAAAGUUCGCCGGAGCUGCAAAGACUAAAAAAAAACAAAAAAAAGACACCGGAGCGCCUGCUAAGGAGGAGAGCCGUCUGUCCUGCUGAGCCCCCCUGCCGUGCGUGAGGGUGCACCAUGGCCCACCUGGUACGCGUCUUUGCAGCCACAUGCUCCGCCCCCGUCCUCAGCGGGGCGUCCUGCCUGAAACUAGGCGGCGGCCCCGCCAUCAAGACCGCCUGCGUGCGCUUUUUCAGGACCCAUCAAGUCCUGGGGAGAUGCGCCAGUCCAGGAAUUCCCUACAAGCAGCUCACAGUCGGCGUCCCUAAAGAGAUCUUCCAGAACGAGCGACGUGUGGCGUUGUCCCCCGCCGGCGUGCAGGCGCUCAUCAAACAGGGCUUCAAUGUCGUGGUGGAGUCCGGCGCUGGGGACUUCUCCAAGUUUCCAGACGAGCAGUACUCUCAGGCGGGAGCUGCAAUUAAAGACCUCAAAGAUGUCCUGGCGUCAGAUGUGGUGGUCAAGGUCCGCGCUCCCGUUUUCAACCCGGCUAUGGGCGUCCACGAGGUGGAGCUGAUGAAAGACGCAGCCACCUUGAUCAGCUUCAUCUACCCGGCUCAGAACCCCGAGCUGAUGGACCUGCUGUCCCAGAAGAAAGCCACGGUCCUGGCCAUGGACCAGGUGCCGCGAGUCACCAUCGCCCAAGGCUACGACGCCCUGAGCUCCAUGGCCAACAUCGCGGGGUACAAGGCGGUGGUGCUGGCAGCAAACAACUUCGGUCGCUUCUUCACGGGGCAGAUCACUGCGGCGGGGAAGGUGCCGCCCGCCAAGGUGCUCAUCAUCGGAGGUGGAGUGGCAGGACUGGCAGCAGCCGGCACCGCCCGAGCCAUGGGUGCCAUUGUCCGAGGGUUUGACACCAGGGCGGAGGCGCUGGAGCAGUUCAAGUCUCUGGGUGCGGAGCCGCUGGAGGUGGACUUCAAAGAGUCCGGGGAAGGCCAAGGGGGCUAUGCCAAAGUCAUGUCCAAGGAGUUCAUCGAGGCCGAGAUGAAGCUCUUUGCCAAGCAGUGCCAGGAUGUGGACAUCGUCAUCAGCACCGCGCUCAUUCCUGGUAAGAAGGCCCCCAUCCUCAUCACCAAGCCCAUGGUGGAGAGCAUGAAGGACGGGUCGGUGGUGGUGGACCUGGCUGCCGAGGCCGGAGGAAACAUCGAGACCACGGUACCUGGAGAGCUCUCUGUGCACAAGGGCGUGACCCACGUGGGCUACACAGACCUGCCCAGCCGCCUGCCCACCCAGUCCAGCACGCUGUACUCCAACAACAUCACCAAGCUGGUGCGGGCCAUCAGUCCUGACAAGGAGAACUUCCACCUGGACGUGAAGGAGGUCUUCGACUACGGCACCAUGGACCACGUGGUCAGGGGCUCUGUCGUCAUGCAGAAUGGAAAUAACCUCUUCCCGGCUCCUCAGCCCAACAACCUGCCCACCGCCGCGCCCCCCAAGCCCAAGUCCGUCAAAGAGCUGGAAGCCGAGAAGACUUCUCAGGUCUCUCCCUACAGGGCCACGCUGACCUCCGCUGGAGUCUACACUGGAGGCAUCGCCACACUGCUGGGUUUAGGUCUGGCAGCUCCCAACGCCGCCUUUGCACAGAUGGUCACGACCUUCGGCCUGGCGGGCAUCGUGGGGUACCACACCGUGUGGGGCGUCACCUCCGCCCUGCACUCGCCGCUCAUGUCUGUGACCAACGCCAUCUCAGGUCUGACAGCCGUGGGUGGUCUGUCCCUCAUGGGGGGCGGCUACACCCCGACAAACACCGCGGAGACGCUGGCCGUGCUCGCCGCCUUCAUCUCAUCGGUCAACAUCGCUGGCGGCUUCCUGGUGACUAAGAAGAUGUUGGACAUGUUCAAGCGUCCCACCGAUCCCCCCGAGUACAACUACCUUUAUCUGCUGCCGGGGGGCGUUUUCGUGGGCGGAUACGCCGCAGCGCUGCAUUCUGGAUACAACAUCGAGCAGAUGAUGUACCUGGGCUCUGGAAUGUGCUGCGUGGGCGCCCUGGCCGGUCUGUCCAACCAGAAAACCGCCCGUCUGGGCAACGCCUUGGGCAUCAUGGGAGUGACCGGGGGCAUCGUCGCCGCUCUCGGGGCGCUCAAGCCCAGUCCCGAACUCCUGGCGCAGAUGAGCGCUGCCAUGGCUGUCGGCGGCACCGCUGGUCUGACCAUCGCUAAGAGGAUCCAGAUCUCAGACCUGCCCCAGCUGGUGGCCGCCUUCCACAGUCUAGUGGGUAUGGCGGCGGUGCUGACCUGCGUGGCCGAGUACAUGGUGGAGUACCCCCACUUCGCCACUGACCCCGCCGCCAACCUCACCAAGAUCGUGGCCUACCUGGGCACCUUCAUCGGCGGCAUCACCUUCAGUGGCUCUUUGGUGGCGUACGGCAAGCUGCAAGGCAUGCUGAACAGCGCCCCCCUCAUGCUCCCCGGGCGCCACGCUCUGAACGCCACGUUGAUGGCGGGCAGCAUCGGCGGGAUGAUCCCCUACAUGCUGGACCCCAGCUACAUCACCGGCAUCACCUGCCUGGGCUCUGUCUCCGCCCUGUCGGCCAUCAUGGGUGUGACGCUAACGGCCGCCAUCGGAGGCGCCGACAUGCCGGUGGUGAUCACCGUCCUCAACAGCUACUCGGGCUGGGCCCUAUGCGCCGAGGGCUUCCUGCUCAACAACAACCUGCUCACCAUCGUGGGGGCGCUCAUCGGAUCCUCCGGCGCCAUCCUGUCCUACAUCAUGUGUGUGGCCAUGAACCGUUCCCUGGCCAACGUGAUCCUGGGAGGCUACGGCACAUCUUCCACGGGCACAGGUAAGCCCAUGGAGAUCACGGGCACCCACACCGAGGUCAACGUGGAGCAGACUGUGGACAUGAUCAAAGAGGCCCACCACAUCAUCAUCACUCCAGGUUACGGUCUUUGCGCCGCCAAGGCUCAGUACCCCAUCGCUGAGUUGGUGAAGAACCUCCAGGAGGCUGGCAAGAAUGUCCGAUUCGGUAUCCACCCUGUCGCCGGCCGUAUGCCCGGGCAGCUCAACGUCCUGUUGGCUGAGGCCGGCGUUCCUUACGACAUCGUCCUGGAGAUGGAGGAAAUCAACGAGGAUUUCCCUGACACAGACCUGGUUCUGGUCAUCGGCGCCAACGACACGGUCAACUCUGCCGCCCAGGAAGACCCCAACUCCAUCAUCGCUGGCAUGCCCGUGCUGGAGGUCUGGAAGGCCAAGCAGGUGGUGGUGAUGAAGCGCUCCCUGGGCGUGGGCUACGCCGCCGUGGACAACCCCAUCUUCUACAAGCCCAACACCGCCAUGUUGCUAGGCGAUGCCAAGAAGACGUGCGACGCCCUGCACGCCAAAGUGCGCGAGGCUCAGUAAGCCCCGCCCCCCCUCGCCCCUCCCUUGAUGGUCGUGGCACACAUGAAGGUUUUUUUGUUUUGUUUUCUUUACAUGAAGGAGAAGUCUGUUGUCAAACCAAACGCUCCAAUUAUCGAUGAUGCGGAGGGCAUGAGAAAGUUAUCGCAUCACGCGGGUCCACGGUUGCGUUGCCGUGGCGACCAAGCGGAAACUAAACAUUCGGGCGACACAACGCAGCGUUUUCAAAGCCGCACUCGAACGCAGCGAUUUCGGGAGGUUUCCUACGGCCCCAGCCGCAAUAUAAGAGGCGUUUAUUAGAGCAUUUACGCUAAUUAGGAAAUUUGUCGUGUGAAAUGACACUUUUUUUUUAAAACCAGAUGGUCGGAAAAUCACUUUAGAAUUUUAAAUUUUUUUUGUGUCUCAAUUUGUGUCAAUAAUCAGCAAUACUCUUUUAUAACCGUUGGCUUACGUUUGCCGAUCCUACGCCCGACGAGUGCUGGUGUGCACGGGCGAUACAGCCAUCCCAUAUUGAUAUCGCGCCGACGUCACCGGAAAUAAAACAAGUAUCGGUCUUAAAAAAUGUCCGAUAAAAAAAAAAAGGUCAACGUGCUAGGCUGUAGGCUACUACUAGGAGCGAGCAGCUACGCAACAGCUAAGCGCACAAUAGCGACACACAUGAAUUCAUUCCUAUUGUGGCGUAUUACUUUUGCAUACAGUAACAAACGUGUCCACGUCAUUCGACUGGAUAGAUUGCAAGAAAACAAAAUGACCACCCCGCUUCAUUUUAAAGGACUGCAUAAGUCCAUUCCAGACGGUUAAUAAUAAAUAGGUUAGCUUUCUUUUUCUGACUCGUUGCUAACACUACGGAAUAAAACCAACAUGUGCAGUAGGGAAGGGAUUCAUAUGACCCUCAUUUCUGGGAGGAUCUCGCGUGAGAGGAAGAGGGAAGGGUGAAUUAUUUUGCGAUGCAGUCUGCUGAAAAUGACGGACAGCGCCACUCGACAUAGCGACUUGUCGGAAAGUGCCGCCAAACACAUUUUGAGAUACUCAACCCUGGACAGAUGUGUCACGUUUCGUGUGUCGGGCAAGCGGUGAUGAGUGGGGCUUUAACGAGCCCCUUCCUUCGGCGGGAUUCCUGCUGGUAUCGUAUCGGCCAAUACUUGAGGCUCCGACAUCGACGUAGUAUCGGAGAAAGUCGUACAAUGUUCAAAUAAAAAAUUAUCCGGAUAAUCUUUACAAAUCAUUGCAGUUUCCAGAGAAUCUAAACAUCGUAGAAACGUUAUGAAUAGCUACACCGUUAAAAAAAAACUACACCAUUUUUAAAAAAAAAAAAGCAAUCAAGAUAAUCUGUACGGAGCAUUUUCUCUUUUGUCCAAACAUUUUUUAGUUUGGUUUCCUUUUCUUGCCCAGAGAAACCAAACAUGGUAGAAACGUUAUGGGUGGGUUCAUUCAUUUUUUAUCAAUUUUUUUUCACUUAUUCAUUUAUUUCAGGCAACAACAUAAAAAAGCAGAAGGUAGACGACGCAUAAUAAUAUUCAUUAAUACAACGCAAAAAGGUAAUGUACAGUAGGUAAGCAUGAUUUUCUUAUUUUUCUCGAUAAGAAAACCGCAAUUUUUAUCGUCAAAAAUCAACAUAAUAUUUUUUUAAGAGCCUCUCGUGCUGCAAUCAGAUCAUCUUCACCAAUCAACAUUUUUUAUUUUGGUUUCCUUUUCCUGCCCAGAGAAGCCAAACAUCGUAGGAACGUUAUGUAUGGGUUCAUUUAUUUUUUAUCUAAUUUUUUUCACUUAUUCAUUUAUUUCAGGCAACAACAUAAAAAAGCACAAGGUAGACGACGCAUAAUAAUAUUCAUUAACAUAACGCAAAAAGGUAAUGUACAGUAGGUAAGCAUGAUUUUCUUAUUUUUCUCGAUAGGAAAACCGCAAUUUUUUUCGUCAAAAAAUCAACAUAAUAUUUUUUUAAGAGCCUCUCGUGCUGCAAUCAGAUCAUCUUCACCAAUCAACAUUUUUUAUUUUGGUUUCCUUUUCCUGCCCAGAGAUGCUAAACAUGGUAGAAACGUUAUGGAUGGGUUCAUGACAUAAAACAGUACAAAGUAGACAACGCAUAAUAGUAUAAGGUAAUAUAAUGUAAAAAGUAGGUACGCAUGAUUUUCUUAUUUUCCUCCAUACGAAAAAAAACAUUUUUACCGCAAAACAACGUUAAUUUUCAAAAAGCCCGCAACAUCCGGAUCAUCUUUACGAAGCAACAUUUUUUAAUUUGGUUUCCUUUUCCCGCCCAGAGAAGCCAAACAUGGUAGAAACGUUACGGAUGGGUUCAUGACAUAAAACAGUACAAGGUAGACAACGCAUAAUAGUAUUAGGUAAUAUAAUGUAAAAAGGUAAUAUACAGUAGGUAAGCAUGAUUUUCUUAUUUUCCUCCAUAAGAAAAAAAAUUUUUUUACCGUAAAACAACAUUCAUUUUCAAAAAGCCCGCAACAUCCGGAUCAUCUUUACGAAGCAACAUUUUUUAAUUUGGUUUCCUUUUCCCGCCCAGAGAAGCCAAACAUGGUAGAACGUUAUGGAUGGGUUCAUGACAUAAAACAGUACAAGGUAGACAACGCAAAAUAGUAUAAGGUAAUAUAAUGUAAAAAGUAAGUAUUUUCCUCCAUAAGAAAAACAUUUUUUUACCGUAAAACAACAUUAAUUUUCAAAAAGCCCGCAACAUCCGGAUCAUCUUUACGAAGCAACAUUUUUUAAUUUGGUUUCCUUUUCCCGCCCAGAGAUGCUAAACAUGGUAGAAACGUUACGGAUGGGUUCAUGACAUAAAACAGUACAAGGUAGACAACGCAAAAUAGUAUAAGGUAAUAUAAUGUAAAAAGUAGGUAUUUUCCUCCAUAAGAAAAACAUUUUUUUACCGUAAAACAACAUUAAUUUUCAAAAAGCCCGCAACAUCCGGAUCAUCUUUACGAAGCAACAUUUUUUAAUUUGGUUUCCUUUUCCCGCCCAGAGAUGCUAAACAUGGUAGAAACGUUACGGAUGGGUUCAUGACAUAAAACAGUACAAGGUAGACAAUGCAUAAUAGUAUAAGGUAAUAUAAUGUAAAAAGUAGGUAAGCAUGAUUUUCUUAUUUUCCUCCAUUAGAAUUUUUUUUUUUUUACCGUAAAACAACAUUAAUUUUCAAAAAGCCCGCAACAUCCGGAUCAUCUUUACGAAGCAACUCUUAUUUUCCUCCAUAAGAAAAAAAAACAUUUUUACCGUAAAACAACAUUAAUUUUCAAAAAGCCCGCAACAUCCGGAUCAUCUUUACGAAGCAACAUUUUUUAAUUUGGUUUCCUUUUCCCGCCCAGAGAAGCCAAACAUGGUAGGAACGUUACGGAUGGGUUCAUGACAUAAAACAGUACAAGGUAGACAACGCAUACUAGUAUAAGGUAAUAUAAUGUAAAAAGUAGGUAAGCAUGAUUUUCUUAUUUUCCUCCAUAAGAAAAAAUACAUUUUUACCGUAAAACAACAUUCAUUUUCAAAAAGCCCGCAACAUCCGGAUCAUCUUUACGAAGCAACUCUUAUUUUCCUCCAUAAGAAAAAAAAAACAUUUUUACCGUAAAACAACAUUUAUUUUCAAAAAGCCCGCAACAUCCGGAUCAUCUUUACGAAGCAACAUUUUUUAAUUUGGUUUCCUUUUCCCGCCCAGAGAUGCUAAACAUGGUAGAACGUUAUGGAUGGUUCUUCUCCGCCAACGACCGAUCGUACUUUUCCUCGUCUUGACGACCAUUUUUACAAUUUCCUUUUCAUUCCUGGAAACCGACCUCAGCCUGCUGUCCUUUGCUGGUAUUUAAGUUGCACAUUUUGCGUAUAGGAAGUGGCGUGUGAUACUUUAAAAACCACAAAGAGUCCAACUAGAAGAGGGUUUUGCUCCAAUGUUUUUGUGAACAUUCUGCCCUUUUUUUUCUUCUUCUUGUUCAGGAAAGUAUUUUUGUAGAAGCCAGACUUUAUUAUGGAUGUCAGUGAUAAAUAAUAAGGGAAAUAUCUGAAAAUGACUGUGAAUGUUUUUUCCCGCUUUGGUCAAAUCAUAGAACAUCCACCCUAAUAAGAACAAGAAUAAAAUUGUAUUUACACUA